AGUCCUCCUCCCCCCCAGCGAUCCAUGCGCUCCAAACCGCCUCAACGCCAUAACAUUGCCCCCACUCGGGUGCAUAUACGUAUACUUAGUGUCCGGCAGAAGCCUCGCCCGCUGCAUACGCUCACCAGCUCCUGAUGGAAAACGGAGCCUAAUUGGUUCAGUCAGACGCUGCCCAGGUUGCUGCUGCUCCAUUAGCCUCGUCUCGGACCGUUUACACGCCUUUUUCCCCACGCUCGAGAAGGUCAGCCGGAUUCUUGAAUCGGCCCCCCGUCCAUUCUACUAGUAUCACUCGGGCACAAGAGCAACAACGCCCAGAAUGGAAACGCAGUCGGCUCGCCCGAAGCGAGACAAUAAUCAUCUAAUGAAGGAGCUAGUCUCCUCGCCACUCUAUUUGGAAAUCAGCGCAGCAAUGACAACGCCAUUGAGAGACUCGUUCGCAAUAUCGGAUAUCAUGUCCAGUUCAUCCAUCAUGUCCGCCCCUUCGGAUUUCGUUUCCGAGCCGAGGAGUUCUAUGAAUGUGCAAAUGCUUAAUUCUCUCGACCGUCAACGCGAUGCACAAAAGGAGCGAGAUGCCCGCUUUUCAGAGACCCCUUCACUGGAGCGCCCAGGUGCGGGGAAUAGGCGGUCGAUGCGAAGUGCUGCAAACAAACGCUCGCGAUCUCGCACCAGCUCUGCUAGUGUCUCCAGUAAUCACAUAGGCGAAACUGGAUCUCAUCAUGGAGAUAUACUGAAGGAUGCAAAUCUUCCUUUGAAGGAGGCCAGCAAGUCCGCAAACGACCUGACGAACCGGGGGCCUUAUCAUCAGGAGUCUGCAACCGCCAUUGAGGCCGUCUCAGACACGUCUAUGGCUGUUUCUUUGGGGGCGGUUUCCGAGUCAGGGCACUCUCACGAGCAACAGAUUCCGCGACAUGUGGUUCAAAUGGGGGCCCAAGCUUACAAACCGUCAGUUGCGGAGAUCACAACACCCUACCGACCGACCGCCGUCGCUGCUGAUGUACAACAACGAGAUUCGCCUUCCCGUCAGCCGCCUGCCGUGAUGCAACCGCCUGCCGUGAAGCAGGGCACUCAACAAAAACCGAGGCGGACAGAACAGGAAAAGGGCUCAAACGCUGGGGAAACAUUCGUGGCUUUGAAAGGGUCCUCCACCGGGAGACGGCUGUCCGAUUACAUGAGCACUCUUCAGCGAUCCACUUCGAAAAGCUUUGAGGCGGCCAGGGCGCCAAUUGGGUCCGCUUCAGCCGCCACAGACACGGUCUCUGCUAUACCUAGGAACCCAAUGGACAUUUUGUUUCCUUCACAUGCCCUUGCGCCCAUCUUUUCGGGAUAUCUCUACAAGUUGGGCAGGAAUAAACGAUGGCAAUGGAGGUUACUGCGUUUCGAUGGGCAAUUGCUGACCUGUUUGAGCAAUAAGAAAGGGAAAUUCCCUAUGGACUCGGUCUCGCCAACCGCUCCGACUUACAUUUCCGGCGACAAUGGAGAUGUCAUACCAUUACCGCACAGUCCUCUCUUGGCAGAUUCAUCACGAGAUUUCGGGGAGCCACGGACCGGAAACCAGCGCGUCCAUGUCCCGAAAUGGACAAUCCACAUCAGCAGCAUCGCCAGUAUCAGCUUGAUCAAACAGACCAAAAACGGGCGAAAAUAUGCUAACGCUAGCAUGCCGGAGGUAGUCCCAACCACCAGCCCAGCAGUCACAGAUCCGGAAGCCAACCCGCCAAAAUGGUACGGAACCACCAGGGUGUUUGUAAUACGAACCAUGGAAGGCAGGAACUAUGUCCUGCGAGCAAAGCGGAACGAGGAUCUCGAGAGGUGGCUAUUCGUCCUGCUCGGAAUGUGGAGAUUGGCCCGGCAUCGCAAUAAGACCGCCGACGAGGAUGCUGCGGCUUUACCGCGCCAUCGGGAAACAGAUGAAGGAACCGGUAUUUCAGGGGAGUUCUGGAAAGACACGAUCGGGCGCGUCCGCCGACAUAUCGAUUUCGUCGAACCACCGCGGCAGGCGGCUCCUGAGCCUUCGUCUGCGUCCCCGCGAGCACCUCCCGCGACUGGGAGUCAGAUGCAGAAUCGUACUUUGGAUAUUAUGUCGGAAUCGUCGUCUAAGGGUCAGCAACGGGCAGGGAGACCUAAAAGUCUUCGUGUCACGAUACCGGCACCACCUUCCGUUCCUCCACCCUCGCAUCUAUUGAAAUCCACGCAACCGAACGAUAUCUUCCCAACCGCACAGACCACUACAGAAAACGCCAUGGACCCGGAAUUCCCCCACUACAUAGACGCAGAAUUGGACUCCCCCGCAGACCCACGCACCACCAUACCCUUAUCCCCCUCAUUCUCCGACGCCGACCUGCACUCCCCCUCCAUCAUCUACACCCCGCUCGACGCGCCCAAAAUCACCGUCAUGUCAUCAUCCACACCUGAAAGACGACACGGACGCACGAUCAGCGAAUUGCCGCCGCAUUUGAUGAAUCAGCUGGACGAGCUCGCGAUGGAUCUGUUGAAGGCGCAGGAGGCGCAGAGGGGGUUGAGGGUGCUUGAGCGAGUUACGAGUUCGGUGGCGGGGCCGGGGGCUGGGUAUCCGUUGCGCAAGGAGUCGCGGGAGGUUGCCACGGAGGCGAAGGGGAGACGGGGCGGGCAGGUGGUCCGUCCACCACCUACAGAUGUGACGGAGGAUAGGGACUCGAACAUCUUUGCACAAGCGAGAUCGAACCCGCACGGGAGCCUAGACAGGUUUGCGGAACGGCGGUCGGCGGUGAUCACGCACCAGCCGGCGCCUACACGACACCAGCACACAUCUUACAACGUCAAACGCGUUGACCCCACAUCGACAAAUUUGAUGCCCACCCCCACCCCCACCAACCCCCCAUCACCAAAAUCAAACCGACCAUCCCCACCCACCCGCCCCACCCCAACCCGCGCCCACACUGAUACCCCUCGGAACGCCACAAACUACAAUGGACUCACACCCGCAGUCGUCUACCACGCCUGGCGCAGCGCGGUAAUCGCGUCCGCGGAAGAGUUCUCUCAUCCGCAAACCACCACCCCGCCUGUGACCGCGGCCAAAGCAGCGGAAUCGGGGGGUGAAGUAGAUAAGGAGUGGGUGAGGAGUCAUAAACGGACGGUGUCGGUUGGGGUUGUUGAUGUGGGGGGUGCGAGGAGGAGGUUGCCGUGAUUUAGCUUUUGGUUAUUGUAUUCAAUGAUUUUCUUUGGGGGGGUUAAUUAGAGUGAAACCCUGGGGCCUCGGAGCGAAGUUUUGGUGCGCAUGGGUUUUCAUGUAUAUAGAUGGUCUUUUUUGGUAGAGAGGAAAGAGUGGAAAUGAGAUUCUGUUUUGGUAGA